CGCCAGUAGAAAGGCGUGGCUGCCCAAAAUCUUCGACGAAUAGUGAAAAAAUGGGAGGGCACGAGUGAGCUGCGUGAUGUCCUCUCCGAAGGUAGGCUGCAGCGUGUGUUUAUUGAUGAGAUGAAAGAAGAUGGAAGUGAGAAAUGAAACAAAGUAAGGGACAAUAUUAAAAAACUCAGUACUUGCCUGGGGAAAACCGGGGAAGCUGUGAAGCGCUGUAGCCACUGGAGAAGAAACACUUAAAGCAGCAGGGCGACUUUGAAGAUUCUGCAUGAGGUUAGAUUGUGGCCGGAACAAAAUGAAAUGAGUGGCUAACAACUGACCUCUUCCGCUGCACCACCACCACCAGCAACUUGUAGCAUCUAACCAGUGCCUCUUCACCAGCCUGAUACACAACGCACCCACAUACACACAAAUACCUAACAGAACACCAUCAGACUGUGACAUCAGGUGCAAGGGGAUGACCGAACGCAUUCACCACAUUAAUCUCCACAACUUUAGCAAUUCUGUACUUGAGACCCUCAAUGAGCAGCGAAACCGCGGGCACUUCUGUGACGUGACUGUUCGGAUCCAUGGUAGCAUGCUGCGAGCUCACCGUUGUGUGCUGGCUGCAGGCAGCCCCUUCUUUCAGGACAAGCUGCUCCUGGGCUACAGUGACAUCGAGAUCCCCUCUGUGGUUUCUGUACAGUCCGUCCAGAAACUGAUUGACUUCAUGUACAGCGGUGUGCUGCGGGUCUCCCAGUCCGAGGCCCUGCAGAUCCUCACAGCUGCCAGCAUACUUCAGAUCAAGACCGUUAUCGACGAGUGCACCCGCAUUGUUUCACAAAAUGUUGGCAUUGCUGGAUCUGGCAGCUUUUCCGUCGUCCCAGGCGACUCGGGGCAGGAGACACCACGGGGAACUCCUGAGUCUGGCACGUCCGGUCCCAGUAGUGAUGCCGAAUCAGGCUACAUGCAAACAUCUCACCAGAGCCUUGACCGUGUUUAUUCCUCACUUUAUUCCAGCUGUUCUGGGUUGAGCCUGCAAAACGGUACCCGUGGAAAUCGCUCCCACUAUGCCAGUGCCACGGUGACAGCCAACUACGACUCACCCCUUCCACUACAGCAGAAGGAGGGAGGGCAAGACCCUGCCUGGAUCACACGCAUCCAUGAGCGUUCGCAGCAGAUGGAGCGCUUUCUGGCCACGUCGGAGACUACACACUGCCGUAAACAGCCUCGUCCCGUGAGGCUCCACACAGGUGAUAUUCACAUCAAGCAGGAGCAAGGGGACGAGUACCACUGCUACGGGCUUGAUGACUGCCGUGAGGAGAGCGAACAGCUGGAGUGCGUCGAAAGUGAGCCCAAAGGCGAGAGCUUUGACUCCGGCGUCAGCUCUUCCAUUGGCACGGAAACGGAUUCUGUCGAGCAGCCUUUCUUGUCUGGGUUCGCUCGAGACAAUUGUCCAAAUAAAGGCCAGCAAGGUGAGCGUGGAACCCCUGUGCAGAUCGAGGUCAACGAUUCAUCUCCCGAGCAGACUCAAGAGUCGGUUGAAGACGGGAAUAGAAACGGUCCUUCUCAAGAGAGUGGUGAGCUUGGAAUCCAUCAGCCACCACAAGCCAACCUAACAGCACCACAGUCCAUGCCUGGUGGGCCAUACCUGCGGUCAGGUGAGCCACUUACCAGCAAUCUGCGUAUGCCCCUCACCCUGACCAGCAACACCCAGGUAAUGGGAACUGCAGGCAACACUUACUUGCCUACACUCUUUGCAACCCAGUCAGCCAGCGACAACAAGCCUUUCCUCUUCAGUCUGCCCCAGUCCAUUGGGAGUCAGCAGCCCCAAUUUGUGGCAGUGCCCUCUCCCAGCAUGCCUCCAUUCCCCAGCGGACUGACGGUGCUACCAGGUGGAAGUCAGCAGCAAGGUGGUGCUGCAGUGGGACAGCAUGGGGAGAAGAGGCCCUACGCAUGCACUCUUUGUUGUAAGACCUUUACUGCCAAACAAAACUACGUGAAACACAUGUUUGUGCACACAGGUGAAAAGCCACACCAGUGCAGUAUCUGCUGGCGUUCGUUCUCGCUGAAGGAUUAUCUCAUCAAACACAUGGUUACACAUACAGGCGUCCGAGCAUACCAGUGCAGCAUCUGCAACAAACGCUUCACCCAGAAGAGCUCGCUCAACGUCCACAUGCGCUUGCACCGUGGAGAGAAGUCCUACGAAUGCUACAUCUGCAAGAAGAAGUUCUCCCACAAGACCCUGCUGGAGCGCCAUAUGGCCCUGCACAGCACCGAAACCAGGGUCUCCAGGGUCAGUGCCGCCGGGAGCGCCGGAGGCCCCGCAUCCAUCCCGGUUCCGAUGGCUGUUCCCGAGCCGGGAGCGGGAGUGGUGGCUCUCUCCAUGCAGGUGGGAGCGGGUGGAGCAGGGGGUGGAGUCGGAAGCACCGGAGUGGGCGUUGCUGCGGAAGCGAGCUGCCAGGAGGGGACCACCUACAUGUGCUCCGUGUGCCCUGUCAAGUUUGACCAAAUCGAGCACUUCAAUGACCACAUGCGCAAGCAUGUCUCCGACGGAUAAGUACAAAUAAAAAAAACUUGCGUAAACAUGAAAAAGAAUGAAAUGAUAACGAAAACGGCACUAGAUUUUUUUUUCUUAUAUUGGGGCAUGAAGAGUAAUGAGUAUAGACACUGGCACAUUAAGUUUUCUAGAAGAAAAAAAAAGAAGCGUUUAAUUUCUUUUCUUUUUUUUUUUGUCCUUGCUAUUCUUAAAGAAUAAAAAAAAGAUGGUGGCCUUAAGGCUGUGUAGUUGGAUAAUGAUCCACUGGCUGGAUCCAUACUACUGGCCUCUAAAUGUAUGCUUUCCUUAAAUACUGAUUUAUGUGUUGAACACUACCGAAAGGCCUGCGAAAGAACACACAAGAAAAAAAUAAUUCACAUGCGCACACACACUCAGACAUACACACAAACACAAAUACACAUACCCAUGCAUGCACUCACACGCACAAACUACUUAUACACACUUAUAAACGGUAGAGGUAUUUUGUACGUAUGUGUAUUUGUGCAUGUGAGCGUGCGUGUGCACAAAAAUAAAUAUUGCAGUGAAUUUUUUUAACUUGUAGAUCUUUUCCCAUGUAGACCGUAUUGGACACUAUAAGCGUCCAAGCUUACUGUGGUAUAGAUUCAAAAAAAAGAAAAAGAAAGAAAAAGAGAUUUGGCUCUAGAUUCAUUCUAAAAUAAUGAUGGUCACGUGUUUGCCUUUUUACAGUAUGUGCGAUAAGAAUAGGAGAGUUGUUCAAUUUGACACUGGGUUUUUAUUUAUUAUUAUGGCUUUGAGGGAUUAUGAUGUUGAUGUUGUCAAGGUACAAGCCAGUUUUACUAACUGUACUAAAAUGGGAAUUUUUGAGUGGCUUGAUGAAUGAAUGAUUAUUAUGAUUAUGACAUUUUCAUUUUCUCCCACCACACUUUUUUUCCCCCGAUGGUUCAGGUCAAGUUUACAAAAAAAAAAAAAAAAAGAGUUUAUCAAUGACAGUAUUCAAGCAAAAACUUGAAUACUGAAUGCCGUUAAUAAUUUCCAAUUCGUUUUGCAUACACUGCCACUAAGAAGACGACUGUUAGUUGACCUCUUCCGCUUCAAAACGAAAUGUGAUAAAGUUGUGAGCAACUGAUUUGUUCUUUUCAUUUGCUCCCAUUUUUUUGGACAAAAAGAAAAAAGGAAAAUGGCAGAUUUUAGUAUGCAAACAGGCCCAAAAUCCAAGUUAAUUGCUGCUCCUCACGUGCUCACUUUGAGACUGUUAUCAGCUGUAGAAUCCAACAUUAUGUGGAUAUUUCUCAAAUUAUUAUUAUUUCUCAGUGAACAUGGGAAACGUUAAGCUAUUUGGAGCCAUGGGCUAGAUUAGAUCAAAAGUGAACUGGACAGAAAUAACCUCCUAAAUGCAUAAAAAUUAUGUAUUUCCUGUUAGCGGCGACUACUAUGACUCAGUUGUUUGGGCCGGUGGGGUGACUAAAAUGCACUACUCCUGUUCCUAAAGCCCCACCUAGUGGCUCAAACAGCCGUCCUUGUUUUUUGCCUGAUGGGAUAUACACAUGGGGCGAGAGAGCAGGCGAAGGAUAUAGGGACGCAAGGCAACAGAAAAUGAAAUAUCUACUGAACCACAAUAAAUUAAACACGGUCAUUCUUCUUUAAUAUACCACAGGGAGAAAACUCUCCAAACAAUAAGAAACAUUCCCAAUUUUACCGAUAUCUAGACAUUGUGUGUGUACUUCGGAAGUGAGUUGAGAAGGUUAUAUUUUUGGUGUUACGUCACUCAGAAGCUCUGUGUUCAUAUUUGGUUUUGUUAUAUACGUAUUUUAUGGAUCUAAAAAGACUCAUCUGCCGUGCAACUGCAAUCAGGCAAUUUUGCUCACUUAUCCGAGUAGAUACACUUUUGGAGUGUAGUUAAAAUGAUGACAAAAUGUAUCGAUCACAAUUUAUUUAAACUUUUUCCAUUUUGAAAUUUGGUCACAUAAGUUGUAGGUUUGAAAAACAGUGCUACUUUGCACAUUUACUUCAAAAUCCUGUGCUUAAACAUUGAAUUGUUUUACUUAAGAAAUUAAAUUCUAUGGUUUUCUUUUUUUUCAUUGUUUAUAAAUGAAAUAUCUUUUCUUAAAAGCUUGAUAAGAGGACUGCAUUGUUUUCUUGCAUAUAUGUUGCACUGCUUAAACCAAUAAGUGCACUACUGUUACCAGAGAUGUUCUAGUUUUUAGAGAUAAUCAUUUUUUUAAAUCAAAUAUUUGGUUCUAUAGUUCACUUGUGUUUGAGUAGCUUUGUUCUUUUUUUGAUUAGAUGAUAAAAAAAAUUCUUGGUUUUGUUAUCAUCACUUGCUAUUGUAUUUACUUUGUGCUGUUUAUGCAAGCAUUUUUUCUUCUUUAUUUAUAUUUAAACCAUUGUAAACUUAUCCCUGGUCAGAUCCUAAUGAUGUAUUGCUUACACCACUUCCAUCCCUUCCCCCAUCCCAACACUAUCCCAAUGCAGUUAAUUAAUUGAAGCAAAUGCUCGGUUUUCUUCUCAUUCAUACCAAACUAAAAAAACAAAAAAACAAAACAAAACAAACAAACAAAAAAACAUCAAAAUCACAAAACCACAAAAAAAAGAGAGAAAAAAGCAUUGUAGUGUGUGCCUAAAUAUAUGAUAAAUGUCUUUUAGAACAAGUACGUUUCUAUGAGAGGGUCAUUGUGCAAAGCUUUUAGUGCUGUCUAGGGAUCAAGCACAUUUAUGUAUGUGUUUGUAUGAGCAUGUGUGUGUAUAUUCCUCUGGUAUGUCUCUAUGUGUGUGCUGUACAAUUUGUGAUGCCUGAACUGUAGGGCUUCCUUUGCAAUAUGCAGUACAGGUACGGCAACAGUGACAACGUUAUUUUACAAACUUAGGAGUGCAUUUGGUAACUUUCUCAAGAACAAUCAUUACUAUUUUCCCUACAAUAAAUGACACAAGGAACAUGAUGCUGUUAAGGCUCUUGCUUUAAGCCUGAAUGAUAUGAUCUGGCCUAACCCAGUGCUGUCAAAGUCAAUUCAACGACUUCAAUAUGCCUGUUGAGUAUUCUGUAUCGUUCUCCAGUGCUUCGAGACCAAACAUCGCUUUUUAACUCAAUUAUGCUGCAAAGUUUGGCCACAGGCUGUGUUGUAUCAGUCUGAGGUGUUGCCUUAGACUUGCAGACGUGUUUGUUGGUCAUUUCCAGUCGAGUUUCAGAUCCCGAUCUUGUUUUACUUCAGCUUAGCGUACCAUUUUGAUGGUUGUGUUGAGUAGCUAAAUGAUCUGUUGGUGGUUUGUGGCGGUGGUGAUGGUACAGUUGAUAGUCGAAAGAGUCCUGUCUCAUCCAUUGGUUGUGAAUCAUUUGUUGGUUCUAAAUGUAAUUUUUUCCCAUUCAGUAACCGUCCGUAUGGAUUUCAGCUGCCGCAAAUCGCAGAAACGUUAUACCAGAACAUACGUGUCUCUAAAGAAGGGUCAGGCCAGCAUAAACGUUAACAUUUCGAUGCAUUAAAGCACUUAAUGAGCGCUACCAGAGAGCGGGGUGGGAGGGAGGGACUUACAUUGGCCAUCAGCUGUGUCUUUACAGAUAGCCUUAAUCAUGUUUGACUCAAGCGACCAAAUGCACUAUUGCUUGUGAAGGUGCUGUUGCAAUUUCUAGCGUUUAUUUUACACAAGGGAUAUAUAUUUAAGAGAAAGCAACCUUGCAAUACAGUAUUGGUAAAUUGUCUAGUGAAGGUUAUGAAGGACAUACAGCUACAUGUAAAUCGCCGAUUUCUCUUGUCAUUUUGGUAUAGAUUCAUUCGGCCAUGCGUUUUAACCAAGCAUGGAGGCAACAGCGUCACCGGUCCUAGUAUCAGGCUUCAUAUAUUAAAGCUGUCUCAUCUCGCUUGUGUUGAAGUGCUAUGAGGCUUUAAUAUCCGAUAUUACUGUUACUCUGUGUUUGUUCAUAUGUAAAAAGGAAAAA